AUGCCAGAGACGCUACUGCGAGCGCGACUGUUGUACGGGGCGGUGGCUUUAUCGGCCAGUGUAUUUGUGUUUUCUUUUCUCCAAGAACGCGAGGAGCGAGAAGAUGAAGAGAUCGAGUCACUAGAACGCCCUGUGAGUACGGAACUUUUCUUUCAGGCUAUGAAAGAUAUGCCGCAGCUGUCAGUCCAACAGCGGCUUGAAAUGCGACGUUUCUGGCGUAAUUUACUCAACAAGAAACAAAAAAGACAAUUUCUUACUGACAAUAAAGAAUCAGAUCAUACGAGUAAGAUGAAGUUGAUGGUUAGAGACGUGCAGGUAUUUGCACAGGAGUACAAGCGUGUGUUUCCUGACAUUUUCCCAGAGAAACAAGUGUUGGACGCAGCUGAACGAGCUGCCGAUGCUGCAGAUGUUCAUCCUACAGCAUGGAGUGACAUUGUUGGUAGUACGAGCUCAAUGAUUGUGUCAACAGGCAAGCGAUUGAACGACAUUGCAAAAGAUACGAAGGACGAGGUGCAGCUGGCAAUGCGUCGCACAGCGCGAAAAGUUCUUGAAAGUGCACUGGAUAUUGUCGCGGCGAGAUUGAAAGAAAGAGUAAAAGAUCCAGAUAUGCCAAUGUUUUUGAAGACAAACAUUGAUCUUGGUAUUGAGCAAUUUAUGCCAGAUGUUAAGAUGGAGAUUCUACGGAAGACAAGGGAAGUUUUUGGUCAAAAUGGGUCGAUUAUUAAAAGAGAUCAAACAGCAAAAAGACAGAAUGAUGACGAUGUAGAUGUGCCAAGUGGUGCGAAAUCCCCUAACAUCGUUCCAGUUGCCAAACGAAAUGUUAGUCUCUUUUGUACCGUUCGUGGGCAUAUUCUACACCACUUGUUUCCACAUGACAAAACAAUUUGGAGAUCGUUUAAAGAUCCGUAUUGGGUAUUGUACACAUGUGUGGGUCUCUUGCCAAUUGUUGGUCAACUGUGGUGGAUUUUUCUAUUUAUUAUAAAGGACAAGACGAACGAACAUCAGUUGUGUCAAUUUAUUGUGGGAUUUAAAGUUGCACAAUUCAUCACGCUUGGCAUCGUGCAUAUGGUACUCGGUAUCUCAAUGUACAUAAAGUGCGUUAUGCUAGGAUCGAUGGAACUCUGUCAAGGCGAAACUGGUCCUGCUUUGGAAGAAGUAACAGCAUGUUUUUUUGCACUUCAAAUUGUUCUCGUGUGGGCAGCAUUUUUUCGUCUGCCAUAUACAGCUCGUCCUCAAGAAGCGGCAGUACUCUAUCGGACUAAGUCUUCGGAGAUACGAGAUAAAGAGGUUCUUCAUGAUGCUUUUGGCAAUGAGGUGCAUCUAGAUCGUGGUGGAUAUCUUAUAAAAUUUUGCGGGUACGAGACAGUAACCUUUGUCAUCACCAUGGCCGUUGCAAGCCUUGUGUUCUGGUUACCGUUUGAAUCAUGGCAGCGCAAACAAUUAUUCUACUGGAUACGCACAGCAUAUGGACUAUUGUCGUUCCCAUUUUUGGUCUUUAAAGUUCCUGUGCUAGCAAAUGUGCUGAUGCAUACACGACAAAUGGGUUACAACGAACGAGGAGAUACUGUUCAAUUUGCAGUGAAAAAGCAGCACGAGUGA